AGCCCCGAGUAAUCGAUGUGCGGAGUCUUCCCAGGGGAGGAAUGCUUCGGGGGCGGGGUGGACUGCGCGGACGAGGCGGCAGCGGGCAGAACGCAGCAGGCACAGGGCCCCGAACUGCUUCACCGAGCGGAAACCGAUUUGCGGGUGCGAACAGAGGGAGGACGUCUGCGAUAGGUGCCGGACGGGGAGGACGAGCUGGCGGUGGUGCUUCACGAGGAGGUAGAGGCGGUAGGCCUGGUGGUGGUGGUAGAGCGGCAAAGGCCAAAGAAGGCGGCGACAAGGCUGCUGCUGGUGCCGGCCAGCGGGGAAAGAGACAGGAUCCCUUUGAGAGAAUGGAUCCCCAGGAGCAGCAGUUUGACGACGCGAUGCGAUUCGGCACCAAGACGACGUAUGCGCCUUCUUUGACCAAGGAGGGCCUGGCGGCGUUUGUUCCUGCGAUGCCUUCUACGAGGGAGGGCCGCUUGGCUACUGUGAUGGAGAAUUUGAACAUCAUUGGUGGAAGGGCUGACCCCGUGGGCGUGCCGCAGGGUUUGCAGGCGAAGAGCUAUGCUGAUGAGGUGGAGGCCAAUGGGGCGCGGUUCUUUGCGGAUGUGAAGGCGAGGGAGGCGGCGGAGGAGUAUCUCCAGGAGAAGAGGAAGCAGGAAGAGGAGCUGGCGGCGGCGGCAUCACCAGCUGAGGAGGGCAAGGAGGGAAAAAAGCAGCAGCAGCAGCAGCAGCAGCAGCCCAUCAUCCAGGACGCUGAGGAGUCCAUCAAGAAGACCAUUCUGGAGUCUGCCGUGGAGGGCAAGCACGAGAAGCCUACGUUUGCGACGGACCCCGUGGGGAUUUCGAGGUCGUGGCAUUUGAGGGCGGGUACUUAUACGCAGAGGGAUGUGGAGAGCUUUGAGAAGAAGUUGACGUCUUUGCUGGGCGCUGCGGGAGCUGGCGCUGGUGCCAAGGGCGGGAAGAAUGUGAAGGCGAAGGCUUGAAGAUGGGAUGGUGUAGGAAAAAUAAAAAAAAGGGGUGAAUAUAUAUAUAUAUACAUGUAUUUUUGUACGAUUAAAAAGAAAUGAUAGAAACAUGGACUGUGUUAUGAUACUGAAGUCUUAUUGAUAUUCUGAGUUAUAUAUAAAAAAAUUGGUCAUGAAAAGUGUGCAGAUAUAGCUGCUCCCUUACUUGUAUCCUGUGAUAAUGCGUGAAGUGUUUCUUGUUUUUUUGUAUUGUACAUGAUGAUAUCCCACCCUCCUUCACAACUCAAUUGCGAUCAAGCUGCUUAAUCACUUGCGCCUCCUCGCCAUCAAUCUCCUUCAUCUUCUUAUCCUGCACCUUUUGCAGCUCCUUGUCCGCCUUCCUCACUACAUCCGGCAGCACGGUGCCAUUCUUCUUCCACUCCUUGAGCGCCUUCUCGUGCUUGGUCCGGGCCUGGCGCACCCUAUCCCUCCAACCCUGGCACGCCUCCUUGACGCGGCGCACGAGGUCGU